GGGGGUGUGUGAGUGUGCGUUUGAAGCAGCAUCUUAAAGGAGUAGCUGAGCUUGCUGGCCGGCUGUCUCCCCGGGUCUUCUUCCACCUUGUGUGUUGCAGAGGGGUGCAGGGGGUGGCGGGUGUUGCGAGAAGACUUGGCUGUGUUUAUGGAAAGGAAAUUAACCCCCUCUUGCGCCACUCCACCCCAAUUUAAUCGCCACCGUCUAGAGCCACCCCUAUCCCAUGCUCUGUCAUCUCUGCAAACGGGAAUGUGUGAGCUGCACAGAGAAACUUGCCAGCCGAGACUGGAAACUUCUUUCCGUGCCGUGGAGGGGGUCGCGCAGGCCGGAGGGUUGUGCUGCAGUUGUGUCGAGCACAUCACACAUUAAGGGCCCUUUAAAGGCCUGGAUUGAUUGGAAGGACAAAAAUUAAAAGCAAUCUGAUCCGGCCUCAUGCCGAUCCCUGCGGAUUUUCUCCUUAUCCCAUUUCCACCCACUGUCACAAUUUGAGAGUCUGCCUGACUUGAUCAGAUCGGCCUCCGGGAGAGGCGCAAUGCCAAGGUUAGGAGGACUCCUCGCGAAUUUAGGGGCGACUUUCUGAUCUGCCCAUCAGCAGUCUGAGAAACGCUGGCUCUGAAUUUUCUGUCUUGGCCUUUGGAAACAAGCAAGUUUCUCGCUGCCUGCAAGUCCGCAGUGCUCAAGUUCCUUGGGACACCCCGGCCACCAUUGCCCGGCAGAUGUGGCGUGUCCAUGCUGAGGCCGCGAGUCCCGCCUGAGCCGGUCAUCGCCUCUCCAAGGCCUCUCUGGGCCUCACCCCCGUGGCCUGUGCAGCCAUGCUGCACCUGCUGGCGCUCUUCCUGCACUGCCUCCCGCUGGCCUCUGGGGACUACGACAUCUGCAAAUCCUGGGUGACCACGGAUGAGGGCCCCACCUGGGAGUUCUACGCCUGCCAGCCCAAGGUGAUGCGCCUCAAGGACUACGUCAAGGUGAAGGUGGAGCCGCCGGGCAUCACGUGUGGAAACCCUCCUGAGAGGUUCUGCUCCCAUGAGAAUCCCUACCUGUGCAGCAACGAGUGUGACGCCUCCAACCCGGACCUGGCCCACCCGCCGCGGCUCAUGCUGGACAGGGAGGAGGAGGGCCUGGCCACCUACUGGCAGAGCGUCACGUGGAGCCGCUACCCCAGCCCGCUGGAGGCCAACAUCACCCUCUCGUGGAACAAGAGCGUGGAGCUGACCGACGACGUGGUGGUGACCUUCGAGUACGGCCGGCCCACGGCCAUGGUCCUGGAGAAGUCGCUGGACAACGGGCGCACGUGGCAGCCCUACCAGUUCUACGCCGAGGACUGCAUGGAGGCCUUCGGCAUGUCGGCCCGCAGGGCCCGCGACAUGUCGUCCUCCAGCGCCCACCGGGUGCUCUGCACCGAGGAGUACUCGCGCUGGGCGGGCUCCAAGAAGGAGAAGCACGUCCGCUUCGAGGUGCGGGACCGCUUCGCCAUCUUCGCGGGCCCCGGCCUGCGCAACAUGGACAACCUCUACACACGGCUGGAGAGCGCCAAGGGCCUCAAGGAGUUCUUCACUGUCACCGACCUGCGCAUGCGCCUGCUGCGCCCGGCGCUGGGCGGCACCUAUGUGCAGCGGGAGAACCUCUACAAGUACUUCUACGCCAUCUCCAACAUCGAGGUGAUCGGCAGGUGCAAGUGCAACCUGCAUGCCAACCUGUGCUCCGUGCGCGAGGGCAGCCUGCAGUGCGAGUGCGAGCACAACACCACUGGCCCCGACUGCAGCAAGUGCAGGAAGAACUUCCGCUCACGGUCCUGGAGGGCUGGCUCCUACCUGCCGCUGCCCCCCGGUUCUCCCAACGCCUGUGCCGCUGCAGGCUCCGCCUUUGGCAGCAUCCGCAGGUCCCGGAAAGACCCUGUCCCCAAAGCCCCCGUGGCCACCAUGGCCAUGAGGACGGACCCCACCACUCCUGCCCCCUCCACAUCCACUGCCUGGGCCCCCCCGGCCCCCAGCACCCCACAGCCCACAGAGUGGACCAGGCCAUCUGCGGCUGCCACGCUCGGGGAGAGCCCCACCCCACCCCCGGUGUCCUCCGGUGCAGAAGGUAUGGGCGGGCAGGGCCUGCGACAGGCCUUGGGUCCCGGGAAGCUCCUCAGCUGCUCAGGCCCCUCUUAGUGCAGAGAGCAGGUGUGCGCGGUGGGGACCUGGGGUGGGAGCAGAGCAAUGAGGCGAGGGGCCUCGGCACUGUGCCC